UUAGCCUAGGUAUCAAUACUUCCUAUCUGAAAUACUCAGCUAAAUUUCAAGUUGAACAAAAAUUAAAAAAGGAAAAUUUCGUUGUGUUAAAUUAGAAUUCCAGACAUUCGAAAAUGGCGAUCAGCCGACAGGAUCUGCGCCGUUUGGCCAGCACUCCCAGCUGCGGUCCUCGGUUCACCAAAAGCCAGACGAGCAACACGUAUAUCAGCUAUACUGACAUGGGUCUGGGCAGCAAGUUAUACGGCGGAGGAUCUUCCAGGGGGGAACCCAGCUGCGAUCACUGGCAGUUCUGCGAGAAGGUGCCUAAUCGCUCGGAAGUGGAGGCCGACUCCUUGGGCAGUCCCGUUGGUCUGGUCUGCUCGAACGCCACCUUGAACAAUCCCUGCGGAAGUUCUCCGAUGCAGCAGGAGGCGAAUGUCCUUAAUUUCGCCACCUACCUGAAGGCUUUUGCCUUGAUUUAUGUCCUGCCGGAAGUGGAUUGGACGGCAGAGAAGAUCGACAUGCUGCUGGAGGAGGGCACUGAUUUAUUCCGAGCCAGCUCCGAAGUGGAUCAGGGGAAGGACGUCCAGGAGGAACACAAGCUGCUCGAGCCGGAGAUCUACACCAACGAGGAAAAGCGGAUUAAGAGGAACUUUAACCUUGAAGGGCACACCUUUACUUUGGCAUUGGAACCUCGAUAUCUGGGGGCGGGAUCGAAGCCCCUGGAGCAGCAGCCCCCGCAUACCAUUGAUAAUUUAAGGCCCGUUCUACUCAAUUUCUUCAAAUCUAGUCGCUACUGUCUCCUGCUCACCCGAGUUGGUCACCUGCUUGUCUGGCGGCGCAGAAAGGUGUUCUUUGUCCUGGAUGUGAAGGGCAGAAGGAAGGAAGACCUUGAGACCGUCCAGGAUAACGGGGUGGCCAUGCUGGUGUGUCUAAAAACCAUAGACAAUGUAGUCCAUCUGGCCAGCAACUUGAGUGGCAUUUCGCCCCAAGACGAGUUCACCAUUCGGGAACUGGUGGUUGUGCGUUUGGAGACCCCAGAUGGACGCAUCUAUAUGCGCGACACUAGCCACCGAUCCAUCGAAUUUAAGGUGGUAAACAAAAGCUAUGCCUACCUGAAGGGCACUCUGCACCUCUCGCUAAACGAAGAUGAACCGGUCAGAAACCGGAGCAGCCUGAUGGUGGCCGUGGGCUCAAUCCUGGCCAGCAAAAUCGAUCACCCAGCCAACUGGGACACCAACAUGCUGGAUCGUUUAAUCUGCUACGGAGUGGAGCUUUGUCGGAACUGCUGGUCGGAUUGCUUGAGGGAUCGGCGACCCAUUGACCUGGACACCUUUCCCACGCAGCUCAGGAUGGGCCAGUAUGUACUCGAGCUGAAGCUGAUCCCGAAUGUGAGGACAGGCCACUGGAAGUGCGGCGUCCGUAUCAUUGGCACCGACUUCGAAGCGCACGUCUCGGAGGCUCUCAAGGAGUUCGGCAACGUGGUGUUCCAGAUCAACAAUCAGAUGUACGCCAUUUGGGUCAAGGAUGAGUUCUACUACCUGCUCGAUCCCUAUCGCCACACGAUCGUGGGCACCCAUGUGGCGGAGGACAAGGGAGAGGGCGCCAAGUGGGCCACGGUGCGCAUGUUCCGCGACCAGCUGACCAUGCUCAGCGUGUUCCACCAGCUGCUGAAGGAGUCCAACCGGCAGUCGGCCUACUAUCUGCAUGUGGUGCGUAUCCGUAAUCUCGCCGAGUGUCCCGAAGGAUACGCCUUGGCUCCGUUGUCCGAGGACGUGGACAAUCACGACGUGAAGUCCCUGAACGAACCCAUCCUGUUUAAUGAGCAGCAAGGGGUAAGUGUCUGUGAUAAGUCCCUCGCCGAUAUCAGCGACUACGAGGAGGAUGUUAUCAGUCGCAUAGGGGAUAAAUUCGACAUCGAGAAAUUUCGAUUUUUGGAUGAGCCCCAGGAUGCAGGGGCAGAGUGUGAAAUGUGCGAGGAGGAGUGUGAGUUUCAGACCGAAUGUCGCAUUACGCCCUGCAAAAAUAAUAGUCCCAGCGCCUGUACAAGAACCAGGAUGCCCAAUCUGGAGAAAAGGGGAAUCCAGGGAAAUUUCGAAAAGAAAACCUCUAAGAGAAGCGUGGAACUGGCCAGGCCUUCACCAAUUAACGGACAAUUUGUAAAUUCCUAUAGGCAGACUGGCGGAAGGUCUUCUAUUCAAUCACCCGAAAAGUCCCCUGUACGUUUCACAUCUAAAGCAGUGACAUCUCCUGGAAGGUGUAUAAAACGAAAUAUGAAAACCUCCAGACAAACUGGCGGCACGGGUUGUAGCUAUCUUUCUGCCAAGUCCCCUGAACGUGUCAGACCUAAAGACGGUUUAUCUCCUGGCAGGAUUAUGAAAGAUAAUGUGAUAGCGCCUAGGCAAACUGGCAAUAGGGGUUUGAAACCUUCUUCCGAAAGGUUCCCCGUAGUUUCCACAUCUCCAGAAGUGUCAUCCCCUGGUAAAAUUCUAAAAAAAAGUAUAAAAACCGCCAGGAAAAUGGGUGGCAGGUCUCCUGUACGUUCCAGGUCUAGAGAUGGGUCAUCUCCUGUAAGGAUUAUGAAAAAGAUCUCCAGGCAAACUGGCGGCAUGUCUUUUAGAGAUUCACCCAUUACAAAAACCUCUAGAAAAACUGGCGCAACGACUUCCAGUCCUACCGCAGAGUGGUCUAGAUCUAGAGAAGGGUCUUCUCCUGGAAGGAUUAUGAAAAAAAAUGUAAAGACCGCCAGGGAAAGUGGCGGCAGGUCAUACAACCAUACUCCCUCCAAUUCUCCUGUACGUUCCAAGUCUAGACACAGGCCACCUCCUGGCAAGACUGCUCUCAAACGCUCUUCAAGGGGAAACACUUCAAAUGGGCCAGGUGCCAAAGUUCCUAAUGCCAAAGAACCAAAUAUUUCAGAUGGUGCCCCCAAACUAUUACUGCCCCACCCUGCAAUCACUAAAAGUCCCUAUACCAAACCUGUGCCUCCGCAUAGAUCAAAUAUUACAGAAGCAGCCACAAAUGACCGAACACCCCACAAAGGCGAAAUGCAUCAUAGAGAGGAACCCAGAGAACGGGCAACCCUUAACGAAUCAGCGAAGAUGGUCUUAGCUCAGGGUCACAUACUGAAGCAGUCCGUGGAUAAGUCCAAUGGUCUUGGCGUGGCUCCUGUGGCCAACGCCCACCUUAAUACACCCGCUGUCUCGGAUUUUGUCCGCCAACUAGACCAAAUGGAGACAAUUUCGCUUCCGGCGCCAGGUUUUCAAACAGCUGGGGAAUCCAACGAACAUCCUGAAGGGUGCUGUUGCCGUGGUGGUGCAGAGAAUACCACGGAGAGAAGCGAAUGCCAAGCUUCGCUGCCCAAAUACCCCGGUUUUAAUCGGGUGCCGCAGCUCCUGGCCGUCGCUGGAUCCGAGAGUGGAACCAUAGAGAGCCUUAACCGGGUGCUGGGCUCCGCUUUCAAGGUGGCCAAUCGGGUGCUUACGAUGACACCGUGGGGCAACUACGUGGUCUUCAGGCAUCACCCCACCCACAGGUCGGAGUCGGAGUCGGCGGCCUCGUGGUUCUACUUGUUCGAUGGCUGUACCUGCGACAUUGAUCGAUUUCGGCACUUGGACCUCUCCACGGGCACGGCCGGUUUGAUCGCAUUCCGCAAGCAGUCGGAGGUGGUGUGUCACAUCAUCGAUUCGCGGGAGGAGAAGGCCCUUAAUACGCUGCGCAACCAGCUGGAGGAUCCUCCCCAUAAAAGGAUGAAAAAGCUGUUGGUUCGUUGACACUCGGAAAGAUAUUUUUCAAAAUUAAAUUGGCCAUAUAAAUAAAAUUUUAAGUGAGCUAAACUUUC